AUGGCUCAAUUGUCGGAGACAAUAAGCCCAUUAACUGGACCUCUCCGAGCAGCUGUCAUUUGCUUCUUCGUGUUCCAAUUAAUGGGACUUGUAUUUGCCAUUCUGGCGCUGGUCGCCGGAGUCUUCUCGACGUCUUCCCGCCGUGCCUCCUGGUGGAACUUUAUUCUCUCCUGGGCGGUUUUUGCGUUUUCAUACACCCUCCUUCUUUUUGAGGGUCAUGCAUUUGAAGGCACCCCGUCCCGCAGUAUAUGUAUGCUGCAAUCUUCGCUUACCUAUGGAGCACCCCCCUUCUCCUCGGCCUGUGCUUUGAACCUCGUGCUGGAGUCAUUGAUUGCACCUUACGUUAUUUUCAUAACUGUCAUUCUCAUCUCGUUGGGUGUCGCUCUGACCGACCCAGAUGUGAAAUUUACUGUGGUGGCGUAUUGCAGUUUGGAGAAUCAUGUUCCAGGCCGGAUUACAGCAGGACUUGUGGUUAUCCUUAUUAUCGCUGUGCUGUUCUUCAAUGCCAAUUUUUAUAUUGCUUUUCGGCGCCACCCAUCGUUCUGCUACCAAGGAUUCUACAGGUCAGCUCUACUGAGAAUAUCUGGUUUUAGUUUGUUCAGUCUGUUUGCCAUUAUCAUUGGUCUUUUCUUUUUCUUACUCGCGUUCAUUGGGAAACAUAAUUCUGUCAAGGGACUCAUGGAGCUCAACGUAAUUCUCUCAUUAAUGCCUGUUGCGGGUACCAUGAUUUUCGGCAGCCAUAAAGAUCUUCUUGAAGCAUUGAUGUUUUGGAAGAGAAAAGAGCUUCUUAAUGCCAAUGUCCAGGAUAUUCCGAUGGUUGACAUGACACCCCAUAUCUCAGUCUGUAAAAACACAGAAAAGCCCCUGCCUCCGAUUCCACAAGAACUAGACUUAGAUUCUGAGUUUGACUGA